AUGGCAUCGCCUGCGGAAACUGGAUCCACGGCUGCGACAGAUGAUGAGCCACACGAGGCCAUCCUUUUGAACCAUGGUGCUUUCAAUCCUGUACGCAGGCAGCACAUUGACAUGAUGGUGCAGAGCCGGAAGCGCGUUGAGCAGGCAGGCUACAAGGUUGUCGGCGGUAUCCUGGCCCUGAAGAGUACAGAGUUCAUCAGGCGCAAGAAGGAAACUGCUGCAAUUCUAAACGAUCAUCGUUUGGCUGCUUUGCAUGCAGCAUGCAAGUCUGCAGAUGGGCCACAAGGAUGGCUAAAACCUGAUGCCAAAGGAGUUUACCACAGCUCUCCAGGGCAGAUGAUUCAGACGAUCAAAGGCAAGCAUCCUGGUGUCACAGUUUUCAAUGUGGUCGGGGCGGAUUCCGUGGUGAAGCUUUGCAAAAACGGAUCGAAAUUCCUGCAGCCCAUGGUGGUCGUGGGACGGGCUGGCUUCAACAACAAAGUUGUUCAGGAGACAGCCGAAAAUUCUGAGGCAGCAGGAAUACCCGCGUAUUACGUUGAGGAGCUUGUUGGACUUGCUAGAUCGACGGAUGCCCUUCGAGCACUCGAAGAAGCACAGGAGAGA